UGUGAAGCGGGCUUGAUUGAUAAGCGUGCAAGUCCAGCCAUGAUGCGAUGGAAGCCGCCAAAGCUGCUGCUCACAUCACUCUUUUGCGCGGGCAUCCGGACAAUCCCCCAGGUUUCAGAGAGCUGGAGAUCAUCCAGCUGUGUAACCAUCUGGUGCACGGGCAAAUCCUGGAUGCGUUUCCUGGGGCCCAGCCGACAUCACUGACCCGGCAGAAGGUGGGCGACCAGCUUUUGCAGGAGCCCUACCUGGUUUGCGAAAAGACGGAUGGGGAGAGACACCUGCUGCUGGCCUAUGAAGGCCAUGUCUACCUCAUCGACCGCAAGUGCCGCGUCUGGCUCUGCCCGGUGCAGCUGCCUCUGCCCGACCGUCACGCAAGGGCCCCUGGGUGGCACCACAACACUCUGUUGGAUGGUGAGCUGGUGGUGGAUAUGGAGGGGUCAAGUACAUGCUUGCGCUACUUGGUCUACGAUGCGAUGCACAUGUUUGAUGAGGAUCUAACACACCGAACCGUGGUGUACCGCCUCAGGAAGGCGCUGGCAGAUGUGAUUCUACCGAAGGAGGAGCUUUUGCGACAUGGCCGAUCCAAAGAUGCCGUCCAGCUCAUGUUGAAGGACUUCUUUGAGCUAUGGCAGAUCAGAGAUGUGACUGCUAUCGCUGCGGAGCUACCUCAUGGCACCGACGGCCUGGUGUUCACCCCGGUCAUGGUGCCGUACGCUCCGGGCACUUGCCCGGCACUGCUCAAGUGGAAGCCCGCGCACAUGAACACGGUGGACUUCAAGCUUGAGGUGGUCAGCGGAGAGAACAAGAACAUGCACGUAAAGCUGCUGGUGGGCUUCAAGACGGCGCAGCAGUGGCAGGUGAAGUUCUGCGGCCACUGGCUGGCAAAGACCGGGGACGUGUUCAAGAAGCUGCGGGAGGACCCUGGGCGCUUCGAGGGCAAGAUCGGGGAGUGCAAGUGGCAGCCCUCAGCCAAGACCUUCACACCGGCGGAUCACUUCAAGUUCACCAUGAACGGCUCCUGGGAGAACGGCGGCUGGGUGCUUCAAAGGUUGCGCGAGGACAAGCAAGAGCCCAAUGACCUGCGCACGGCGAAGCGCGUGGUGGAGUCCAUCGAAGACAACUUGAAUGAAGAGGAUCUGAUGAACUAUGUCACCAAAGCCAAGGAGGAGGGUAAGCUCAAGGCCGCGGCCGAUUGUGGGGAGGGGCAUCUGCCCAGAGUGGAUGUGCCCGUCCGAGCCAAGGCCAACUGGGCUCCUCAGGCCUUGGGUCCGUCCAAGGGGAAGGAGCCAGAAGGCGACAGAGGGAAGGGAAAGGGAAAGGAGAAGGGCCGCAAAGGAAAGCAGAAGGACGGCAGAGAUUUCAAGGGCAAAGGCAAGACAAAGGAUGAAGACAGCGAACCUCGCCAGGAGAGCCGUGGAGAGAGCAAGAGCAAGGGCAAGGGCAAACGCAAGGAGGGCAAAGGGAGGAAGCGGCAGCUGGAGCUGGACGAGGAGAACGUUAGCCUUAUGCAGUGGAGCAAGACCCUCGAAGCGAACGAGGUCGGAGGCCCAAUGGAGGAGGAGCACACGGAAGAGGUCGAGCCGAGCGCUCCAGCUGAAGCCACCAGGAGGCCGCGCACCAUGGCGGACUUGAUGGAGGCGGGUGUGGCCACGGCCGAGGAGUUUGAAAGACCAGCGCCACCUGCAAAGGCGCGGCGGAAAGGGAAGGCCAAAAGCAUGGCCGAAGGUCCUCCGCGUACCAGACCACGCACUGUGGCAGAUGCAGUUACGCUGGAUGAGAGUGCCCAGCUAGCUCCAUUGCUGGUGCGCUCCAGGGACCUGCUGAAGCGGAAGCCCCGGCUCCCAGAUGAAGAUCUUGCAGCGCGUGUGGUGCAGUCAGUGCUGACCGUGCCGACGCACCCGGUCCAUGGCAAGCUACCUCCGGGCUAUGUGCCUCCUGCUGCCCUGGGCAAGUCCACGUGAGGCGCAGGAAGGCUGCACAGCAUGGCGCAGUUCGUGAGGGACAAGGAUGGCCGUGUCAGGAGCCCUUCACCACCGGCGGGGGCAGCGGCCAGAGCGCGCGCAGUCGACGGUCGAGGUGGAGCUCGCGCCUGUGAGGUUUCCGGCGGGCGGAG